CAGUCCAGUGCAAAAAUCUGCCAAUGAGGGCUAUUAAAGCGCCAGAUAUAACACAGCAAAUAAGUGGCAUGAAAAACUGUCUAAAUGACGCUAUUUCUCAGUUCCAGAAUAUCAACUUUAACUCUGCUUCGUACUGAACGUUUGUCGGUGCAAUCCGAACUUUCGAGACUCAAGCCAGUGGCUGCCGAAUACAUAUAUGUCAAGAGCAAGUCGGAAUGUCUUGAAGGGACACGGGUCCGGACACAAGCCUCUCUUCUGGAGUCUCUUAAGGCCCCGGAGACUCGGUUCGUGUGGUUGCGUGGCCCCCCCGGUACUGGAAAGACGGCAAUUUCUAUGAGCAUUGCAUCUACCCUCGAUGCUCAGGAUGCCCUGGCGGCAUCGUUCUUCUGGGAUAAGAAUCAAGCGGGUACGGGCCUCGAUUCCAUUGAACACUUUCCUUCCACCCUUGCGCACCAACUUGCAAGCUUCAGUGAAGGUUUCAAGACGUCGCUCGUCAAACAUCUUCGGCAGCCAUCUUUAGGAUUUAUCAAGAGCCUUCCUCUGUUCAAACAGAUGAGCACUUUGAUCGUCGAACCAAUGCGCGAUGCGAUAGAAAUGCAAUCCUCUGGCAAGAAUCGCUUCGUUAUCAUCCUAGACGGAUUGGAUGAGUGCGGGAACCCCGGAACACUUAGAGCUUUAAUGGAACUCGUGCUACAGCUUCGUGAUCUGCCCUCCUCAUUUGCCGUGUUGGUCAGCUCUCGUCCAGAGACACAGGUUGUUCAGGCUUGGGCUCGAGCUCGAUCGAUGGGUCAUGUCAUUCCAUGCGAGGACACCGACAAGAUCGACAAGAAUGAGACUUUUCACACAAUACGCCGCAUGGUAGAUAAGGGGCUUAAGGAUUGCAUCUCCGAAUCAUCAUGGCAACCAUCAGAGGAAGAUCUCAACGCUUUCACUUCCGCGUGCCGCGGAUUGCCCGUUAUAGCUUCGCUGCGCAUACGUGAGGUCUGCGUUCGGACUGAACAGGGUACCAGAGCUCGAAUACUUCCGGGAUCUCAUCGAUGCGCCGACUGAUCUCAAUUCGGAGUACCUGCGAAUACUCCGGCGAGCCUACUUUCCUGACUCACUGUCCAUUCGUCCAAGUGUCAUUGAAAAUUACCGCCUUGUGGUGGGGAUGAUCGCUUUGGCGCGAGAACCAUUGAGUUUGUACUCAAUUGCAAAGCUUUUACAAAUUACGGAGGAAGAGGUCUAUGCGACUCUGAGACCAAUCAGUUCGAUCAUAGAUCUUCCCUCAACAGGACAAGGGCGGCCCAAAUUUUAUCGUGCGACGGCAAAGGAGCUUAUUGCGGGACAAGCAAUUGGUGACGCAGGUGAUUCUUCUUUCUUUAUUGGUACAGAUGAGUAUUCCCUGGGGUUGCCACUCCUUCGAUUUCUAGAGGGCACCUUCGAGCGUGACUA